GUCAGUCGGGAGCUUGAUUCGUACCAAUUUUUCGUGUUUUGUCAUUUCUUUCGAUAUAAGACGAACAUGUACAUCCAGAUCGUCAUUGUUAGUAUUUCACUCUUGUUUCUUCAACAUGCAAUUCGCAUUGCGUACAUCAUGGGAUAUCAUGUGACAGUGCACAAUCACACCCCUGGACGAUGUUCAGUUGUUCCUGGAGUAGACCAUGGAGCUGAAGAUAUGGAAACCCUGGCUGAUGGUAGAGCCUUCAUUACCUCGGGAUUUCAAUGGCCGUUAUCUUCAAAACAUUUCAAACAGCUGUAUAAGGAUCAAGGUCGAAAGGGGAAGGUACUCUUGUUUGACUUCAACAAGCCAGAAAGCGGAGUUACGGAACUUGCCAUGGACCCACAGUUUGAUGGGGAAAAUUUCCAUCCACAUGGAAUUAGCGUACUCCAGGAUCCAGACUCAGGGAAAAUUUUCCUGUUCAUUGUGAACCACCCGGAAGGAAAAGAUACAGUUGAGAAAUUUGAAUUUAUCCAAGAAAAACUGGCUCUUGAACAUAUUGAGACCUUCUCUGAUUCAACAUUUAGAGUGUUAAAUGAUGUUGCAGCCACAAGCGAAAACAGUUUUUAUGUCACCAACUAUGUACACAGUAAAUCAUCCUCCCUCUCAUUCAUUGAAAUAAUCCUCCUUCUACCCUGGGGAAGCGUGGUGUAUUACGAUGGUGCCAACUACAAUGUUGUUGCUGACAGCUUGGUCAUACCCAAUGGAAUCUUGCUGUCAAAAGAUAAAAGGUAUGUUUACUUGGCGAAUAACUUUUUUGCAUCAAUCAGCAUUUUUGAAAGAGAUGAGGAUGAUAGACUCACAAUAUUACAGGAGUUCCCCAUACAUUCCUACCCAGACAACUUGUCACUGGAACCGAAGACAGGAAACCUUCUGAUUGGUUCCAUACCUGUCGUUUAUAUGAUGAUCAAACAUAUGGAGGCUCCGGAUGUAGAUAUGGCUCCCAGCAAGGUGCUGUAUAUAAACAUGGACAAUGCCACCACAGUGGGAGAGAUUACAGACCUGUACACUAACGACGGUCGACAAAUAUCAGGGUGCUCGUCAGCGACAAUUUACGACAACAAAAUGUUGAUGGGUUCGGUUGUCGAUAGACUGGUGUACUGUGAUGUAAGGACAUGGGAAUAAUGUGAUAGGAAAUCGAAAGCAUGUGCUAAUUUUUGAGAAUAAAAUGAUGAUGCUCAGUUAUCGAUGUAUUCCCUGUGUUCAGUUAAAGAUGCACUCCUACUCACAAAUAAGAUUUACCACAAUUAAUAAUAUUGUUUUAAUAUUCCAAAAUGGAUGAAUAAAUAUCAAAAACAAUGGUUUUUCUGUAGGAUACAAAGUUGAAUUUGAAAGAAAUGUGCAUAAAACACAGUAUUGCUACCUUUUGAGACUAUAGUAGAUCACGGUAAAUGAUUCAGUAUUCACCAACAAAUAAUAUUUUUGCGCUUUCAGCAUUAUUUAGUAAGUAAUUAAAGGUUUAUCAGUCAAAAUUGAUGUUUGUUUUACUGUGUUUGUAUUGGUUUUGAAUAAGAGUGUCAUUUUAAAGUUCUUUCCCUUAGCUGUUACCUGUUUUGUAUCCCUGUUAUAUUAAUGUAGCAUAUACACAGCAUGCAGGGAACCAAAUCACAAAACUUCAGCUAUCAUCAGCAAAUGUUAGCUUUAACUGAACACAGGGCUAGUGUGAUAUGAAAUUCCAAAUAUUAUAUAUCCAAUCUUAUAAGAAAUUUUACGCUGACCAUUGCUAUGAAUGAAAAAUGUAAUGCUUUUGAAAUGCAAUAAGAAUAAUUAAAGUGGUGCUCUACAGAUAUAAUAUGCAAAUGUGGUUACUUUAUGUCACAUUUAAAACCUGAAAUAAUUGUUAUCUUAUUCUAAUCAUUUAAUUUUUGAAGAACCAUUUUGGACUUACAUUAAAUUUAUGUAUAACUAUAAUGGACUGUUAGUCUGGGUUUUUAGCUCUACUGGCCAAAGGCCAGAAGAGCUUAUGCGAUGGUAAUGUGUACGUAGUAUGUGCAUCCGUGCGUCCGUGCGGUCGUUAGUCCGUGCGGUCGUGCGUCUGUAAACAAUUGCUUGUGAACACGAUACAGUCUUCAGUUUUGAUUGUAUCUCGAUGAAACUUGUACAGUAUCUAGAUAUCCAUUAGAGCUCGAAAACCAGCCAGAUCCGCCCAUGCAUGCCUAGAUUAUGGCCCUUGAUAGUAUAAAAAAAUGCUAUUGUGUAAACAAUUGGUUGUGAACACGAUACAGUCUUCAGUUUUGAUUAUAUCUCGAUGAAACUUGUACAGUAUCUAGAUAUCCAUUAGAGCUUGGUUCCUUUCGAAAACCAGCAAGAUCCGCCCAUGAAUGCCUAGAUUAUGGGCCAUGAAAGUUUUAAAGAAAUGCUUUCUAUUUUUAGCCAGGUCUGCAUGAGCGAAUUCUAUUUUUAGCCAAGUUUACAUGUAUAUGUUAAUUCAAGUCUAGAGUUAAGGGAGACAAUUUGCAAGUCUAGGCUUUUGAGAGACAAUUUGCUUUUUGCUUCUGCAGUUGAUUUUGUGAAUUACUCUGCCUUGUUCUUGUUGAAAGCCCAAAGGCCAUUUUUUAGCUUUAAGUUCUGUAGUUUGCGCAUUCAUCUUAACAAAAUUGGUUGUGAAUGUUUAAGUUAUGCACCUGGUGUCAUUACUGGCCACACCCAGGGUUCACAGGUUUGGUAAACAUAAAUCUGGAAAGGUUUGAAAAUCUUUUUGUGUGUUCGUGCAUCCAUCUCAGCACAAUUGAUUGUGAAUGUUUGUUCAAAUUGAUCAAUGUUGUCCUAGGAUGCCCUUGACUUUGACCUUUUGACCAACUUUUUUUAACUUUUAAAACUACAGAAAAUUUUACUAUGAGUACAGUUUUGAAAGCAUUUUUUUUUUGUCAGAUGACUUUUACUUGGCACAUAUUAAAAUAGUUCAUGCAACUAAUCUGCUUACAAUACUUUCUGGGCUCAGAUGUUGAACGUGCUACGUUUUCAGGUAACCCAAACACAAAACAUAAACUAUAUGUCUGUUGCCUUUUACCCAUACAUACAUGCUCUGGAUUGAUAUGACCACAAAAGCCAUGCCAGUAGAGCAUGGGCCCAUUUGGGCCUCUUGUUUUAUCUAGGCAUCCCACAAAUGGGAGAUUUUCCAACAUCAUGCAGAUUUCCCAUUUUGACAUGUAACAUGUAACUCUGGCAUUAGGAUUUGUAUUCCCCAUUUAAGGCGCACUAUAUAGGUUGAUGAAAAAAACAAAAAAUCUUUAAAAUGUAUUUUUAGGUUUUACUUAUUUGAUUUUUAUGAUAAUAAACAUAAGAUUUAAGUACAGAUAAAAACAAUAUUAGCUUUUAUAAAUGUGUUCUCAUUUUAUAAAUAGCUACAUGGUCUAAAAUUGUCAAGUAAAAAAGUGCCAAAAUAUUGCUAAUAUGUUUUAAUCUGUAUCAAAAUAAUCAGCAUUUUGAUUAUCAUUAAAAUGAAAAAUGUUAGACAUGAUAAUUCAUGAAAAAAAUAAUAAAAUUGUAUCAACCUAUAUUCAAUUGUAGGCCUUUAAGGGUUUUAGGGAUUAAAGAUGCACUCUUACACCUUAAAUAAGAUUUACCACAAUUAAUACUAUUGUUUUUAAAUUAAAUACCUAAAAGAAUGGUUCUUAUGAAGAUACCGAGUUAAUUUUGAAAAAAAAGUUGCAGAAAUCACAAUAUUUCUACCUUAUGAGACGAUAGUAGACCAUAGUAAAUC